UUGCUCAAUCGAUUGCAGAUCAUAUUUUUUGAGUAAAGCUUCCAUAAAUAUAUUAGCUAGCAAUGCUGUCGUAUACAAUGUGCUGAUGGAUUUUCAAAAUCAGGAAGGAACAAUGGUGGAAUUGGCUUGCGAUGGUGAUAGGAUUUCAUUCACCUGGAAAAUAACAUACGGAGUCACCGGAUAUUCUUUGCUUGUAAGAAACGCAAAAGAUCGGAAUCCUCUUGUCAUCCACGAAAAGUUUUCUGCUGGUGACUGCCGUUAUGAAGUAAAUAUGAAUGAGCGAUUACGAUAUGGUCAGGUAUGUGAAGUUAAACUACAAACUUAUGGACCUGGCGAAGAAUUCCAAGAAUCGGACUGGAAUGUCUUCGUGAUAGGUGGCCCGACGGUUGCGAUCAAUCCAACGGCAGAGAUAAACAUUAUGAACCCGCGGCGUAGUGCAAUUGUGAAUUGGAUGAACCACAGGAGAAGCCGGAUUACUAUGAAGUCGUGCUAUACCAAAUAUAGGAAAAGCUUAGAAAACAAAACUUGCCUUUUCUCUCGUGAAUCAUGA